GGAGGGAGAAGGCGGCCAGAGUAAUGGACUGAUCAGCACCAACGCAACAACGAUGUCUUCUUUGUCUCGAACCGGCCAUGCGACAUCGGCUGGGCACGUCCUGCCGCAACACACAUGUCAUCCGUGCCGCUACUGGUGGCUAUAGAUUUUGUCGUGAAGGUGCGCGUAGUAUCGUCGCAUACUGUAGGAACGACCACGCCUUCUAUCACCUUUGACAUGUUGAGCAUCUACACGAGCCUCAUCUCGACGCUGGGACGCUGGGAGCAACAGCAGCGAGUAGGGCCAGGAGAUCAGAUGUGGCAGUCGACAAGGCCCGUGCCGGCGGGCGCCCCCUUUCCAGCCCCGUCAGAGUCUCCAGGGUCCACGGCUCGCCCCGCCGGGUGGGUAGCGAAGCCCGUGGAAGAGCGAGCACGGCGAGGAUCACAGAAGUCGGUGUCUCGCCUGGGCUGGUCUGUGGAGCAGUCGGCGGCGGUGCGAGGGAGCGAGCUGCUGCAUUGUCAGGUUCUGGGCCUAGGGGAGAGAGAGAGCCCUCGUGUCCCGAGUGAAAAUCCUGGAAGCUCGAGUCGAGCCGGGUGCCCGCGCAACUACCCCUCCUUUGGCGCAGCGAGGCAGGUGGGGCAAGGCCCAGCCACGUAGCGCCUGGUGCGUGUGCAUUCGGACCAGGCCUUCUCACAUGGCACACGCACCACACACACACACACACGCAGAGCUCGAGUUCAUGUCGAGGUUCCGGCGCUCAGCAGUCGAGACGACGCUGCCACAAAGCUGGGAGCCCGCUGCGGCUCGUCGGGUCGCCACCUGAAGCCU